AUGUUUGGAUGGCAGUCUGUUGCCGCAAGUGCUCCUUUUCUUGCUGGGACCAUGAUUCAAGGCUUGAUCAUCCUCAAUGACCCAACAUACGUCCCCCAGCGCUGGCACGGAACACUACUGUACUGGGCGGUCCUCACAAUCGCUCUCCUCAUCAACAUUUUCGGUAUUCGCAUCCUGCCUCAACUACAGAACGCGUCGAUGACCCUUCACGUGGUUCUCUUCAUUAUUCUUUUCGUCGUUAUUCUUGCUGUCUCACCAACGAAGAAUAGUGCAUCGUUUGUCUUCACCCAAUUUGAGAAUGAAUCUGGCUGGUCCAACAAUGGUGUAGCAUGGUGCGUUGGUAUGCUGAGCUCAGCCUACGUAAUGGUCGGGUAUGAUGCUGCAACGCAUCUGAGCGAGGAAAUGCCCAACCCCGCAACUGGUGUCCCUCGUGCCAUGAUCGGCUCUCUCAUACUGAAUGGGAUUCUGGGAUUCACCUUCAUACUUGCGGUUCUCUUCUGCAUGGGAGACAUUGCUUCAGUCUUCCAAACCAACACUGGCUUCCCAAUCAUUCAAGUCUUCCUCAACGUCACAGGAAGCAAUGGAGCAGCAACUGCUAUGUCAACAGCGAUUAUUCUUAUGGCGACGCUUGCUACUAUUCCGCUUGUUGCGUCUGCAGCCCGGACUCUCUGGUCACUAGCUCGAGAUAACGCCUUUCCAUUCUCAGGGAUUAUAUCUCGUGUGGACGAGAAGAGAGGAAUUCCCACUGUCGCGAUAGCACUCACUAUUUUCUUCCUUAUGCUGCUUGGACUCCUAAACAUCGCAGCCACCACUGCGUUCAACGCCAUCCUAUCCCUGUCAGUGGUCGGCCUAUACCUUUCUUAUCUCAUACCCACCGUGGCGAUUCUGUGGCGGCGUACUUGCAGGCCUGCAACGAUAUUAUAUGGACCUUUUAAGCUGGGUAAAUGGGGAGCUACUAUAAAUGUCGUGUCGAUCCUUUACACGGUCUUCUGCUGCGUAUUCCUCCUUUUCCCACCCUAUCAACCUGUCACUGCGCAAAACUUCAACUACGCAUCUAUUGUUCUCAGCGGAGUUUUGGCUCUGAGUGCUGCUUACUGGUUCUGGCAUGGGAAAAAGGCCUAUUUUGGCCCAAUGGUGGAGGUUCAAGGCCAGGCAGCUCCGCGGAAGGAUGCUAGUCAGCAGGCUUAG